AUGAAGCUGCUUUCAGUCGCUACUAUUGCACUUUCGGCGUCGCAGGCGACGGCCCUGUCUUCCAAAGAUGUUGUCAAUGCCAUUGACGACAUUACCGAUCUUUCUUCCAAGACGAAUGAUAUCGCAAAGGACCUCAAGCCUGCGAACCUUAUUCAAAAUCUGCCCAAACUGACCAACAACUUCAAAGAAAUUGUACAAAUGGCCUUGAAAGACAUCACUACCUUGGCUUCUGGUGCUGCCAAAUCUGACUUUGCCGAGAGUGAUCAGAAAGAUGUUUGCAAGUCUUUCCACGGUUUCGUCAAGGUUCACCAGAAUCUUCUCAUGACCAUUAUCGGUCAGAAUGGUAUCCUGGCUCACAACCCCCUUACAGUUCCACUUGCUGCUGUACUUCGAGUUCUUGAGGGCGGCGUUGACAAGCUGGCCGAAGCCAUCAUCGGCACUGUGCCUACAUGCAAGGAUAUGGCGAUGAAGGACCUGAAGGCUCUUGACGGCACUCUGGACGAUACUGUCUCCAAGCUCACUAGCAUUAUUCCUGGUGGCAGUGCUGCCGUCGCUGCUGCCAGUGGUGUUGUUGGUGGCCUGACUGGUGGACUUGGCGAUGUCCUUGGUGGACUCACGGGCGGUGCUAAGGGCUCCAUGCAGGGUUCCAACGGGAAUCUUCUCGGCGGUCUCCUCGGAGGCAAUCAGCAAGGCGGUGAUGGUCAGAGAGGCGGCCUCCUUGGUGGCCUUGUGGUUCGAGGUGGUAUCCCGACCAGUCUCGUCACAUCCGUCACUGGCAAGGCUUCGGACAUCCUCGCUUCUGCCACCGAUGGUCUUGAUGAGCUUCCCGGCUCUCUUCCCACUGAAAUGCCCAAGGUUCCCAAGGGUGGACUUGACGGCCACGUCAACCAUGGCCUUGAGGAUCCCCGUGGCCCUCACGGCGGCGUAGGGCCUGGCCUUCAGCACACGGGCGAUACACUCAUGGACAGCCCUACCGGUAGCAUGGGUAAUGUGGGUUCUGCUGGCGGUGCUCUUCCCACUGGCCUUGCCAGAAAAGACGCCGAAGGGUCACUAAGCGAUCUUGCAGCCCGCCAAGUCGGCAGUCUCAGUGAUGCUAAAGGCGAUGCCAAAGGAGCUGCCUCCCACGCCUCCGACGCCUUGGAUGAUGUCUUAUCCCAUGCAACGGGUAUCCUCUCUGGUAAGAAGCCUACCGCCUCCGCUACAGGAGCACUUCCCGCUGCCAGCAACGCUCUUGGCAAUGCUGAAGGCGGCAGUGAUGGUUCAACAGGUGGUCUCCUUGGUGGUCUUCUCGGGCCCAAAGGCGGAAAGGGAAACAAACCUGCCAUGUGA